GAGUGCUUUAAUUCUCCAUAUGGAACCCAGUACUUUAAGGAGUAUGCAGAGAAGAUCCCUGGGGAAUCGACACAAAAGCUCUCAGAAGUUGCAAAGGAGUGCAGUAUAUAUCUCGUUGGAGGAUCCAUUCCAGAAGAGGAUGGUGGAAAGCUGUAUAACACAUGUACUGUUUUUGGGCCUGAUGGUGCGAUGUUAGCAAAGCAUAGGAAGGUUCAUUUGUUUGAUAUUAAUGUUCCUGGGAAGAUACAGUUCAAAGAAUCUGAAACACUGAGUCCAGGGAAUAGUUUCUCCAUGUUUGAUACUCCAUACUGUAAAGUGGGCCUGGGCAUCUGCUAUGAUAUCAGAUUUGCUGAGAUGGCUCAAAUCUACGGACAGAAAGGUUGCCAGCUGCUGAUAUAUCCAGGGGCUUUUAACCUGACAACAGGGCCGGCUCACUGGGAACUGCUACAAAGGGGACGAGCUGUUGAUAAUCAAGUCUACGUAGCUGCAGUAUCUCCUGCUAGAGAUGAAAAAGCAUCCUAUGUUGCCUGGGGACACAGCACUGUAGUAAAUCCAUGGGGUGAAGUCAUAGCCAAAGCUGGGGCUGAGGAAACAGUUAUAUACACAGAUAUAGAUCUGAAGAAACUUGCAGAAAUACGUCAGCAAAUUCCUAUUUUAAGCCAGAAGCGUUGUGAUCUCUAUGGCAUAGAGAUGAAAAAGUGAAGCUGGGUGAACAGGGAAGGUUUAGUUGGCACAAUGGCUGCUGCUUUCGUCUUCGGAAGGAUUCCCGUACUAGUUGCUCCACAAUCUACAGCUAAAUGUGCUGAUUAAUUGAAAAACCAGACUUGGUGGUGUAAUUCUAAAGUCGAUUCAAAUAAACUUUUAUAUCUCCUCUCAUACUUUACUAUUUCAUACUAUUUUACAGCUAGGAUAAAGA